AUGUCGUCCGACUUGUUUGCCGAUUGGCACGAGGAGCAGUCGGGCCGCGACAACUCGACGCGCGUCGCCGCAGCCCGCGCGGACUACACGUCUCCCUACAUGAACGUCGCCGCGGCCGCGGCCAGCUCGGACGACGACGAGCCCAUCCGCCUCCAGGCGCCAGCCCGCGCCGGCGUCGGCGGCAAGCAGUCGACCAUGUUCGAGCUCCGCGAGCACGGUCUCAAGGUCAGCCGCCGCAAGGGCUUCACGCCACGCUGCUUUAGCAUUGGCAACAACGUCAUGGCGAUCGGGUCUGCGGAAGGCUCCAUCUUGCGCUGCACUGCCGACGCGACGGACGCGACACCCAACGCGGUCGAAGAGAUCACGAUCGAACCAAAGGUCGCAGUCAUCUCGAUCUACAUCGACCCGAGUGGUGGCCACGUGCUUAUUUCGCUCGAGAAUGGCACCAACUGGUACCUGCACUCGUCCACGAACCGGCCGCGGAAGCUCACGAAGGCCCAAGGCCGCUUCACGUGCGUCGCGUGGGACCGCCAGCUUGGGUCGCCCGCGACAACAGAGUCGAUUCUCAUCGGUACGGACGUCGGCUACAUUUACGAAGCCGAAUUUGACGGCAAGGAGAAAAAGUUCAACCGCGUGUACGCAAUCACGCAGCAGGGCGCGAUCGCAGGUCUCGAGUUCGAGCACGUCAACCAGACACAGCUCUACGUCAUCAUGACGACGUCAGGGUCGGGUCGGCGGCCCACGCGCAUGUACCAGUUCCUUGGCGGCCCGACCUUUGAAGGUCUCUUUGGCGCCUACAUGUCGACCGACGCGCUUCGCUUCAACGAGAUCAUGGGCGACAUCAACACGGCGCAGCUCUCGCGCGCCAAGUGCUUUGCGAUCCUCACCGGCGAAGGCGUGUACCACGGCGACCUCGGCUUUGGCGCGCGCAGCUCGAUCGACAACAUUUGGACCAACGUCGACAUGCUCACGUUCCCACCGUCGUCGUCCGACAAGCCGACGAGUUCGCCGGUCGCGAUCGCGACGACCGAGUACCACGUCGUGCUGCUCUACUCCAAGUACGUCCAAGUGCUCUGCAAGCUCAACGGGCUCGUCGUCCUCGAAGAGCUCUUUGACGCGCGCGUCGGCAGCAUCAACGGCAUCGCGUACGACCCGACGCUCAACACGCUCUGGAUUCACUCGGAGCGCCGGAUCCUCCAAGUGCUCGUGACCAACGAAGAUCGCCACAUUUGGAGCUUGUACCUUGCGAAAGCGACUCACGACGUCUUUGCCAAGUCGACGGACGACCUCGAACGCGACUUUGCCCGCGCGCUCGCCGCGUGCCACGACAUUGUGCAGCGCCAGAAGGUCUGGACCGCGCAGGCAGACGCGUGCUUUGACCGGGAAGAGUUUGAUCGCGCGGCGGUCUUGUACGCCAAAUCGUCGCGGUCGUUUGAAGAGGUCGCGCUGCGCUUCAUGGAGGUCCAGGCCACGGAUGCCCUGCACGCGUUCUUGCUCACGAAGCUCGGGCAAACGAGCAGCGAGGACAAGACGCAAGCGACCGUGCUCUGCUCCUGGCUCGUCGAGCUCUAUCUGGACAAAUUCAACGGCCUCUCGGUCGCAGAGAAGGACAUUGACGUGCACGCAAACCUCCUCUUUGAGUUCAAGCAGUUUCUCCAAGACCACAAGGGCCAUUUGGAUCCGGCGACGACCUUCAACUUGAUUGCAUCCCACGGCCGCGCGGACGAGCUCGUCUUUUAUGCGAGCUUGAUCGAAGACUACGAGAAGGUCGUGACGUACCACAUUCACCGCGGCGAGUAUGGCGCGGCCAUCGAGCUCCUCAAAGGCGCGCCAACGCAAAAAGUCGAAGAGCUCUACUACAAGUACUCGCCCGAGCUCAUCGUGCACAAAGCGAAGGAGCUCUUUGAGGUCUGGAAGGCCGCCGAGACGCUCGACCCGUCGCGUCUCAUCCCAAGCAUCGUGCGCCAUGUGCACCAGAAGGACGAGCACGUGAACCGCCGGUCGGUGCUCGAGCUCGCAAUCGACUUUCUCAAGUUUGUCAUCAAGCAAGGCAACCGCGACGAGACGAUCCACAACUACCUCGUCUUCCUCCUCGCCAAGCACCCGGACGAGCGUCUCCUGAUCAACUUUCUGAGCAAGUCGACCGGGUCCCAGCUCUUUGAUCCGGCGUUCGCGCUGCGUCUCUGCGCGCAGCACGAGAAGAACCGCGCGUGCAUUUACAUUUACUCGGCCAUGGGGCUCUACCAAGAAGCGGUCGAGAAGGCAUUGCAGGUCGACGUCCAGAUUGCCAAAGAGAUGGCCAACAUGCCGGACGACGCGGAUCUGAAGAAGACGUUGUGGACGCUUAUCGCCAAGCAUACGAUUGACGCGGGCGGCGACAUCAAGGAGGCCAUGGGCAUCCUCAACGAGAGCGAGAUGCUGCAGAUUGAGGACAUUCUGCCCUUCUUCCCCGACUUUGUCGUCAUCAACGACUUCAAGAAGGAGAUUUGCGAGUCGCUGCAGGUCUACAACGACCGCAUCGAGCAGCUCAAGGCCGAGAUGCGCGAGUACACCGAGUCGGCCGAGCUCAUUCGCGCCGAUAUGCAGCAAUUGCGGAAGCGGUCGGCCAACAUUUACGGCAACCAGCGCUGCGACCUCACGGGCGACAACAUUCUUAGCAAGGAAUUCUACCUCUUCCCGUGUGGCCACGCCUUCCACGCCGCGGCCUUGCGCCAAGAAAUGACCAAGCACCUCAACAGCUUCCAGCGCCAGACCGUCAAGCAGCUCAUGCAAAAGCUCCAGGAGCUCUCGCUCGAGCCGCAGCAGUCGACGUUCCAGCGCGUCGCCAACGUCUUCUCGAGCGACAAGAACAGCGCAGACGCGAUCACCGCGCUCAAGACCAACACCAACGAGCGCGAAUUGGUGCAGCAAAAGCUCGACGAGAUUAUCGCCUCCGAGUGCAUCUUCUGCGGCGAAGUCAUGAUCAAGUCGAUCCAUCUGCCCUUCAUCACGGACGAGGACGAAGCGCGCGAGGGCGCCGAAUGGCGCAUCUAAUGCAUCGUCUCUAUCUAAAAACACGCCAGGUUU